UGCUCUCUCUCUCUCUUUCCACCCUCUGCUUUUCAUCUCCCUCCCUCCCCUCUCUCUCCACCUCUCUCAUCAUUGUGAAGGUGGUGUGAGUGGCAGGGCUAGGAGGAGGAUACACAGCAUUAGCACAGGCAUCCCCAGCAUCAUCACUCAGCAUCCUUCACCUAACAGGACAGAAUGGCAGAGGGAUCUGUAUCAGUAGCAGAGGUGGAGACGACCUUCAAGAAGUUUGCCAUUCAUGGGGACACCAAGGCUACUGGGAAGGAGAUGAACGGCAAGAACUUUGCCAAACUCUGCAAGGACUGCCGGGUCAUCGACGGCAAGAACGUCACCGCUACCGACGUCGACAUCGUCUUCACUAAAGUCAAGGCGAAGACGGCUCGUGUGAUCACCUUUGAGCAGUUCAGCCAGGCCCUGUCAGAGUUGGCCCCGAAACGAUUUAAAGGGAAGGGCCAGGAGGAGGCGCUGCAGCAGCUCUACGGUCUCAUCGCAGGGAAGGAGCCUGCCAACGCAGGCGUCACCAAAGUGGCCAAGGCAGCAGCGGUGGACAGACUGACAGACACCACCAAAUUCACAGGGGCACACAAGGAGCGUUUUGACGAGACGGGCAAAGGGAAGGGCAAGGCUGGGCGAGAGGAGAUCCCAGAUGCCAGUGGCUAUGUGGGGGCCUACAAGGGCAAGGGCACCUAUGAGGAUAAGGUCAAGGAAGCAUAGGCAGGAUAGAGAGAUACUCAGACCCUACCAUUUACCCCAAAUACCCCCUAAAUACUGUACUUUCAAUUAGAACUGAGAACUGCACAGGUACAGGAGGAUGGACUGUUCAGUCACUGGAUGCCACAGUAUUAUAUAUCCUCAGAGUUACAGGGUGGGGUUGGGGUGAUAGGAUGGAGAGGGGAGGUGUAACGGCGAGGAGUAAACCUGAAUAGAAAAACAUGACCUUGAUUAGUCGAUAAAGACUAAUGAUUUCUUAGGGACCAAAUUGACUUAAAUAAUCUAUAUAUUCCCCCUUCCUAAACGCUCCAGCCCAACCCCUGGCCCUAUCCCUCCCAGCUUCACUAAAUGCCUCAGUCAGCACACCUAUUACUACAGGAAGUAACUCAGAUCCCUACUACUACACACAUUGUGCCUUAUCAUUGGAGGUUGCUACUAACACUAAUGCCCUGGUAUUAUGCACUUCUUUCACCCACAUCCUUCUCAACUGAUGUCCUUAGCUUCAUCUGCUCUGCUAUAAUAACUGUAUAUUGGAAAUAUAGACAGUUGUAUGGAUGAAUUAAUAAAUACAUUAUUAGAUUAUGUAAUUGAUUAAUGAAUGGUGAAUAAAUCAAAAGAGAUAUAGACUGUAUCUGGACAUUAUAGUGCUUUGCUUGUGCUGUAGAUAAGAGACAGAUGAGGACACUCCUCCACUCCUCUCCUCUCCUCCUCUGAGAAGAUGAGAACAUGAAUUGUUCUGUUUGGAGGACUGGGAGCCUCCUGACUGCACUGCAUUGUCUCCUAUUGGGUUGAUGUUCCUCCUGAUCACUGUACAGUCUAGCUGUGUCUCCCUCUAUUCUGAAGAGCUAGAAAAUACUAUGUAAACAUUUAAAUAAAUCACUGAGCAGCAAAUCAGA